GGUAAGACCUAGAUUUGAAGCGCACGCAGACUUUUUUUCAAUGUUAAACCACCACCGCACACAUUAAAAGCCUAUACCACGUAUCUCUAGUGUAAACAUUAAUAAAUAUAUUUUACCCUCACGAGGCGCCACUAACUUAUCCGUUAUGUACGGAAAUAAAAAUGAAAUUGAAUUUCCGGUGAAUUUGGGGUUUCAUCCGAAUGCAUCUGAGGUUUAAUACAGAACACUCUGAAGGAAGUAAGGGUAUUAGGGUGCAGAAUACUGCGAAACGGGAUAAGAAUUUGGUGCUCGGAAUCCAUGUCUACCGCCACGCAAAUCGUCCAGGGUUCGAAUCUCUUGCCUUCACAGCGGCUAGGGAAAUGUACAGGAAUAAACAAGGUGUCCGCGAUCGUUAACUGCCGAUCGCCUUUUUAUCGUCAAAGAGCACGCUUUUCUGCGGCAUGCAGAUUGCGAUCCGGUGUCAAUAGGAAGAAAAUCGCCGGCGUUGUGUUUACGUCAUCAGGGGAUGGUGUGGAGACAAAGGUCGAGACGCCGGAACAAAUUUUGUCCGGCGAGUGGCCUGAGAAUUUUUCCAUGCUUAACUUUGAGGAUCUGUCGUCUUAUUUUGAGCCCACGAUCUUCAAAGAAGAGGCUCAACCUGAAGCAUUUUUGGCUGAUGUGAUGUCAAAAGCAAUCUAUAUAGCUACACCAGAUCAGCUGUUGGAGGAGAUAAACAAUAGUUUUGAGACUGUCACAGGGCUCCCUGUUGUUGACAAAGACCUCAAGUGUAUUGGGGUUAUCUCCAAGAAGGACAAAGCAAAAGCUUCCAAAGGGUUAAAAUCAACUGUCGGUGAGGUCAUGAGCUCACCUGCAAUAACUUUAUCCGCCGAAAAAACUGUUUUAGAUGCUGCUGUUCUGAUGCUAAAAUCCAAAAUUCAUCGAAUUCCCAUAGUAAAUGAUCAGGCACAGGUUGUUGGCAUUGUAACCCGUACUGAUAUUUUCAAUGCACUGGAGGGGACUCCCUAGCUGAAUUUCCAAUACACUGUUAAUUUGAUUCUCCACGAAAUGGUUCUCUGAUGAGAGAUUACCAAAGACAUACGUUGGAGAUUCUUAUUACUGAAAGGUGUAGAAAGCUUCUAGGAACUCAGAUGUGCAUGAUGUAUAAUUAAAUAAUAGGUUUUUUCAGUUGAGUAUUUAUAGCGACUCAAUCCUUAAGAAACCAGGCAUGCUUUGUUUGCUUGUAUUUCAAAAUUUUGGCAUGUACAAGGCUCUUUUAAUGUAUCUAAACAAAUAGAGCUUGUAUGGGUAUAAUAUUGACAUUGUGCUGCGUUCAAGCUUGCAUCACUUGAAUUGAACUCCAUUCCCACAUGAUAUUGUAAGUGUUUUCUAAUGCAAGUUCACUGCUUGAAACUCCCUAUGUUAUGUCAAGCUUGUAUCACUUGAAUUGAACUUCAUUCCCACAUGAAGAACUUUCUACUAAUAAAAUUUAAUAAUAUUCUAAGUGUUUUCUAA